GGCCUCUUGAUGCAAACCACGACUUGGGAAUGCUUUCGCCCCAAAAUUUCCAUCAACUUCUUGCUGAAGGAUCCUUUCGGCUAUACAAAGAUUUGUUGCGUGGAGAUAGCGGAGUCAGUUUGCUGCCCCCGCGGGGUGCCUUAUGCGGUGACCCACGACGGACGUACCAUCCGCUACCCGGACCCUGACGUGAAGGCAGAACCCACCCACCGGGGUGGUGAAGAUAGGUGCACGUCGCUGCGGCGGCAGUGGCGACGUGAGGUCUCUGGCGUUGAAUGUGAAGGUUCCUGCAGUUUGGUGUCGGUUCCUGGAGCGAAGAUGGAUAGGUUGGACCUAGAGACAGGUAAGAUCCUGGACCACGUGAAGUUCGAGCCCGGCAACGUGGUCAUGAUCAGUGGCGGAAACAACAUUGGUCGUGUGGGAGUGAUCACCCACGAAGAGAAGCACCCGGGCUCCUUUGAGAUGGUGCACGUGAAGGACGCCGUGGGACACAGCUUCAACACCCGGCUGGAGAACGUCUUCGUCAUUGGCCAAGGCAACAAGCCUUGGAUCUCCCUGCCCAAGGCCCAUCGAGCCGGGAAAGAAGGAGGUCUCCAUUCGACUGGUCGACUGGGUGAGCUACGGCUGGAUUUGAGGUGCCAACAGAGGUUGAAGGACCCUAUAGACAUCUAUCUACAUCGAUCUACAGACUAUCAUGACUAUCCCAUAGGUACCCCAGUAGGGUCCUAUCAGAGAACUUAA